CUUUAGUUGUAUGUUUUCUUGGUGAACCUACACCCAUCUAAGCGUCGUGGACCAUUUAUUACACCAUGAAGUUUCUCCGGGAAUUAUUUUUGUGGCGCACCUUGUAUAGCUGUCAACCUGGGAGUGAGUUUCCUGUCCGCAGAUAAGCAUGAACAGUCUGCUGGUUCUGUAGAAGCUCUAGAGAAGACGAAGGACAGACAGCAUAAUGACACAGAACCACGUGUCUGGGAUGGAGACCUCCGCCGUGACCGUCCUGAAGAGAGCCGUGGAGCUGGACCACAGCGACCGGCUCCAGGAGGCUCUGGUCUGCUACCAGGAGGGCAUCCAGCUGCUCAUGGACGUGUUGAAAGUUGUGAAAGAUGAGUCAAAGAGAGGACACUACAGGCAGAAGAUAAAAGGCUACAUGGACCGAGCAGAGCAGAUCAAAGUUCAUGUGAACCAGAUGAAAGAAGACGGGAAGUACCACGAGCAGAUUAGAAUAGCCGAGGAUGCUACUGGUUACAGCUACGAGGUUCUGUUCAAGCCGUACAUGAGUAGUUUACUCACAGAGGUCUGGGUACAAGACCCGUACAUACGGCACAUCCACCAAUUGUACAACUUCCUGCGGUUCUGUGAGAUGCUCAUAAAAGCGCCCUGCAAGGUGAAAAAGAUCCAUCUCCUCACUUCACAGGAUGAAGCGAAUAGCGGCCAGCAGAGCAGCGCUCUGGCCGAGCUCAAAGAGAGUCUGAGUGCUGAGGGAGUGAGUCUGGAUCUGCAGUACUCCUCCACUAUACAUGACAGGGACAUCAGGUUUGACAAUGGUUGGAUCAUCAAGAUAGGAAGAGGGCUGGAUAUCUACAAGAGACCUAAGGGCCGAUUCUCUCUUGGAUAUUGUGACUAUGACCUCAGGCAGUGCCAGGAGACCAACGUAGACAUUUUUCACACCAAACACACAAAAACACUAUGAGAUUCAUAAAGCUUAAAUACAUUUUUUCUUCUAUCUUAAUUGACUUACCUGCCCUCAAAACACACAGACACAUCCGCUGUGUUUUGGGGUUUGCCUUAACAUACACAUACACGUCAUCGGCCUUAUAACAACUGUGUAACUGAGUAAUUUUUAUCUGGUUUUACAAUAUGCUUUGUGUCACACUGGUGUCUCUUUAAUUCCAACCAACUGUAUGAUUCUGUAUGGUUUCUUCAGUCUUGUGUGUAAUCAAACUUUGCAAAAGAGUUUCCUGUUUAUAUCUUUCUUUCUUUUUGAGGCUUUAAGUUGGGUUUUUUUUAAACUUUUUUUAUCAAAACUUUUUUAACCUUUCUACUGCUGUAUGCUUGUUAGGAUGUCAUACCGCCAUCUAGUGGAAAAAUAAAUUAAAAGUGCUUUUAUAAUAUAAAA